GUGUUUCCGCGUGUGCUAUGUGCGCACUUGGCAUCCCCAAACAAUUGCGCCGUCGACUCACAUCUGGAAAGCAGACUCGUUAAUAAUUGAAAGCACAUCUAGAUUACAUUUGAUUAGAUGAUACUUUGUCUUACGCUUUUUAUCCACUUUUGAUCUUUUAGAGUUGACGCUCACUUUGGACAUAAGAAGGAAGAGUGCCUUUGCAAUAGCUGGAUGAGAGCGGGGAAACAUCUGCAGAAGAUGAGCGCCGUUGUGUCGCUGCUUCUGCGUGAAACAUCUCAGGAAUGAAGCCGAGCUCUCAUAGGACAUGAUGCAACCCACGCUGAUUUUAAAACGACACAAGAACGACCAGAGAUGAGUCAAAGAACCGCUGAGGAAUUACACUCUCUUCCACAGAGGGGGUUAUCGACAUCUUCUACAUCUUCUCUGAAAAGACGCCUUGUAAGGCUUGCAAGAAAGUCCAGUGAUGGAUCUCUUCGGUCAAGUUCGUCUACUGGCAGUUCAUCCACUGGCAGGUCGGCCGAGGCUGUGGCUUUCAGACAGCCUAGCAAGAGCCGCAUCCGUCACCACACCAACCGCCUCUCGGGAGUCUUCCUUCGCGGCGGCGGCGCCGCCUCUGGCUCGCUGUCCAUGGCCAUGUCCACCCAAAGCGGGAAAGGAAGCGUGAGUACAGAUGGCGAAAUUGCGGACGACCCCUGUGAGCUGUCAAUCCAGUUAAGUGCUCCCGGAAUUUUGAAGAUCUUUGGAAUCGAAAUCUGUAAAGGAGCUCACUAUAAGAGUGUCUUGGCCACGACACAUUCCAGUGCAAAAGAGCUGGUCAAAGAGGCCCUUGAAAGGUAUGGCCUUGGGAAAGAAGAGGCAAGUUCCUAUGUUCUGUGCGACACCAUUGGCUUCAUUGGCGAGCGCCAGUGGAAAACCGAAGGCUUCCGAGUGGUGGGCGACAAUGAGAAGCCGCUCCUCCUGCAGUCGUUAUGGAAACCAAGGGAGGGCCUCGCCAGACGCUUUGAAAUCCAGAGGCGAAGCCUGGUGGAAGAGCAGACGGCCAAAGAAAAAGACACCAUCACUGCUGGGAUCAACGCCCAGGCCCGUAAGCUCCAAAAGAGUCGCUCCAGAGUUAACUCCACCCUCAUGGAGAGAACAAUGAGUCGAAGCCAAAAACUUUGGAGGAGUAAAAGUGAGAUGGACCUUAUCGAUGGCGAUUCAGUCAAUCAGGAUCAAAGUAUGUCCUUGAAUGGAACGUUAGUGGAGAGCCAUGAGUGCCCAGAAGUCAGGGAAGAAGACAUUAAACAUGCAGUUCCCUCUAAGGGGGAUGGUGCGUUGCAAGCCAAAACAGAAACGCUGUGUCCAUCGAGGCCGAGAGGUGAGCGGGAAGGAGAGGCGUCGGAGAGGGAGGAGACGGAGAGUAGCGACGAUAACACCACACAGUACUCCAUUCACCCACCUCAGGACUGUCCGUACCUGCUGCUACUACAUGGCCACAGCCUUGUGCAGGACUUUGUCAUUUACCUACUUCUGAGACCAAGCAUUAUAUUGGGGCGACAAAAUGACAACGGAGAUGCGGACAUUGGCCUCCUUGCAGAAGAUAUCCUUCCAAAACAUUGCGUUUUUCAUCGCAAUAGUACUGGCGGACCAACCACGUUGUGCCCCUUUCCCGAUGCUGUCGUCACAAGGAAUGGCAAUAUAUUCAAAGACAAAGUCCAACUUUGCCCCGGUGAUGUCAUUGGGCUGGGACAAAGCUACUUGUUUCUAUUUAAAGAUCCCUUGCUGCACAAGGAACCCGACAGUUCUGCUCCCGAGCCCAACUUGUUUGGCUCCGCUACACCUGAUGUGAUCCUCUGCAACAACCUGCCCAGCCCAGCCAGUAAAAAGUGUCCAAAGAGAUCUCCUCCAUUUCUGAAAUCACCGCAGGGUCACUACCUGACUUUGAACUACCGAGCUGACGAUGAGCAUUGCAUCAUCAAGCAAAUAGUGGCCAUGGGAAGCUCCCACGUUAAAGACGGACCUUCAUUGAGCAUUGCUUUUCUGCUGUGCCUUUGCAUUCAGUAUUCCGCCUCAUAUUUACGGACAUCGGACCUACGAAGGCUCCUGCUGCUGAUUGCAAGUGAAAUUCAAAGCGCUGUUUGGGAGCAAACCAAGGAACUCGCUGCUUUUCAGAAGGACGUCAACAAGGACAUAAUCUCAGCACUGUUGCCCCUAGUGGUGUGGAUGUCAAAUAGCCUGGAGAUACUCCAGUUCAUCCAGUAUCAGCUGCCUGUCAUCUUGGAGUGGAGAACAAGUGAAGAGGAUGAAGAAGGAAAGGCUGGGGACCUUCUGGAGUUACAGCUGUCCUGUGUGCACCCAGCCAGUGAAGAAACAAUGGCGUCCCUGGAGGAGGUCAUCAUGCUUACCUUUCAGCAGUGUGUGUACUACAUCACCAAGGUCCUGUACCCCAUCCUGCCGGGCUUUCUGAAUGGCAAGCGAUCCGAGGAGACUCUUGAGGGGCCGGUUGACAGCGUCCCUGAUCAAGUCCAGCAGGUUUUGGAAGUCCUAUCUGAGACCCAGAGACUACUCUCAGACUGUCAGCUUCACUCGGAAAUGACCGCACAGCUCGUGGCCUUCAUUUUCUACUUCAUCAAUGCAUCGCUCUUCAACUUACUCAUGGAAAGAGGCUCCGAGCCAGAUUUCUAUCAGCGGUCUACAGGCAUCCGCAUACGGACCACUUUUGACUUGCUGUUGAACUGGUCCCAGACAACCGGAUUGGGAAAACUCGCUUUUGAGUACACGCGCACACUCUCAUCGGCUAUCAAUCUUCUUACUACGCCAAGGAAAAUUCUACACCAGAGCUCUUGGGCAUCGUUACGAUGUGACUUCCCUGCACUGAACGCAGCUCAACUGAAGCACCUGCUCAGUUUUUACAGCCCAACAUGUCCCACCAGGCACACAUGGACUCCGUGUGCCCGGGACCAAACAGAAGCGCACACAACUGAGGAUAUCCUGCAGAGUUUUGAUAGCCACCAUCCUCUUGUGCUACCAGAUGGGGAUUACCAGUUCACAGUAGAAAGGGCAGUGACAGAUUUAAGCCUGCUUGAACACUUAAACAAGCUCCAAGUGUUCAUUUUUAAUCUCGCUAAUUCACAGACCAAUGGGGUCACAUCUUCUGGCCAGCACCAGGUAACUACAACAUAUUUGACUCACUUUUCUGAUAGUCAGGGUUUAAAUUUCGCCUCUUUCCAGUGUGGAGUUUGGAUGUGCUCGCUGUGCCUGCCUGGCUUUUCUCUAGUUUUUUUUUUUUUUCACGACCCGUACGUACUAGGGGUGUAA